CAGUGAAGACUCUGGCAGGAAAGAUGAAGAAGGAGCUGGUGGUGUUUCUGCUUUGCCUGGUCCUGCUGGCCACUGAAACAGUUGCCAAUCCUAUCAUCGGGGAGAAGUUUGCCAAGCAGCUUCUUCGCAGCAAGAGGCAGGACAGGCCGGUGAAGGCCGGCCACCCCGAUGAACCAAUGAGGGAGCAUCUGCUCCGCAUGCAGACGCUGGACCAGAGGGCCCAGGAGACCAACAUGGAGUACUGGCUGAACCCCCACUGCCCCCCGCGCUGCGACAGGAACUACGGACACCCGGUCUGAGCACCAAGAAAACGACCAGGAACGACGGGACACGAAUUUCACGAAGGGAUCUUCAAAAAAUGAAAGCAAAAACUUUUCUUCCUAUUAUUGUCCUUCAAACUCCACAUGAAGACAAACUAAUACAAAAUGUUUUCUAAUGUAUAAGAGUGUAGUUCACGUAUUCUUCUAGUUGUAGAUUUUUUUUCUGCGUAAUUAUG